GCCAAGAUGGCUGCCAAGCCCGGGCCCGGAAGUGCUGCCUCCCCCGGCUGUGCCGGCGCCAUGGAGCGGGUUCUACCUAUGCUGCUGGUGCAGAUCCCUGCCGAGGAGACGGCACAGCUGGGAUCGCGGGCGCAGCUGCACCGGAGGGCAGAGGCCCUGGGGAGCCUCACGGCUGCGGGCAGUCUCCAAGUGCUCUCCUUGGCGCCGGGCAGUAGGGGCGGAAGCAGCUGCUGCCUCCAAGGCCCCUUCGGGCACUUCGUAUGGGAGGAUUCUUGUAACAGUGGCACAUCCACAGACAAGCCCACGCUGCUUGCCGUUAGUGAAGAUUAUGAACUGCGCACGUAUGAAUUUGAUUUGAAAGAUGGGAGGUGUGACGCAGCCUUAUCACACAGCUGCUGUGGGAGGACCCUGCAAAAGCUCAUUGAAGAUCAAGGAGUCAGUGUUUCCUUCAAGUCUUUGAGAAUUCUGUCAUUUCACAACAAGACGGCAUUACUGCUCAUCAAUAGAUGUCUUAUACUACGCGUUGUACUUCCGGGAAGAGAAUCUGAGAAUAGAGUACUGGACUGCUUCCCACUGCCCUUGCCGGCACAGACGGCAGACACAAUUAUUGACGUGCAGCUCUGUGGGGGAUUUCUUUUUGUUCUGAGUACACUGGGCUGGAUCUAUAUUUUUGACACUGCGAAUGGCAUACAUGUAGCUCAUGUGGACUUGGCUCUUCUCCAAGAAGAUUCUGAGCAGCAGGAGCCAGCCAGUGUUUCUUCUUUUACAUCACUGAAAGUGUCUCCAGACUUAGGGGUUUUGGUGAUUGUCAGUUCAUCCAACACUGCGGUUGCUCUUAACCUAAAUUUGUAUUUCAGGCAACACCCAGGACAUCUACUGUGUGAACAAACACCCGAAGACCUUCCUAUUGAAGGGCCUACUGGAAUAGAUGAAGACGACCUUGUUAACUCUGUCCACAACAUGAAACUGACCAAGGUUUCCUUUCAAGUUGAUAGGUCUUGGAGGGCCCAGCUGUCAACCCUGAAUGAAACAACAAGGCACUCCAAACCAGAGGUUUCCUGUUGUGCUCCAUGGUUCCAGAGUGUUCUGCGUUUGGAGUCCCCAGAAUCUGGUAACCACACUCCCAUUGUGCCAGACCAUGCGCUCAUUCCAGGAGAUGUCACGUGUGGCCAGUGUGCUUUUCCGCAGGAGCACAUCAAGACUAAUGAUCCAAGAAGACCGUGGGAGACGAUGCAUCUGAGCGAACAAGAGCAGCCCUCCGAGCUCAAGUGUAUGUCUGUGACAGGAUUUACAGCACUGUUUACUCAGGCAGUAGGAACCACCAGCUGUACCAUUGUCCUCUGGGACCUGGAGACCCAGAGCAUACAGUGUUUUUCUCUCAGCCAGAAGUGUGCUCCUGUGGAUAGCAAUGGAGACCAGCAGCUGUGCCUUGUUUUGACAGAAAAUGGUCUCUCUCUGAUUUUGUUUGGUGUGACUCAAGAGGAGUUUUUGAACAGGCUGAUGAUCCAUGGAAGUGCCAGCACUGUGGACUCCCUGUGUCAUCUCAAUGGUUGGGGACGGUGCUCAAUUCCUAUACAUGCUCUAGAGGCUGGCAUAGAAAAUCGGCAGCUGGACACAGUAGAUUUCUUCUUGAAGAGCAAGGAAAAUCUUCUGACUCCAUCCUCAAGGUCUGUUCCCGAUCAGCUCCAUCCCUUUCCAUCCCAGUUAUAUUUAAGACAGGUGGAAGAGAUGACCCCCGCACUGGGUUUACUCUGCUCAGCAAUCAGAGAGAGCGACUCCGAGACCCAGAGCAAACAGUUUGCCGAGCAGAUGCUUCACCUCACGCUGUCCUUUCUUAACAGACAGAUCAAGGAGCUUUUUGUUCACACCACAGAGAUAGAUGAGCAUCUACAGAAAGGAGUGGACAUUUUGACCAGCUACAUCAACGAACUUCGGACUUUCAUGAUAAAGUUCCCUUGGAAGCCAGCAGAUGCCAUUGAUGAGUACGAUGUCAACAAAGAUGUCCUCACAGUAAAGGAGGGCAAAAUUUGGGAGAAACUCAGCUUUGAGGAAGUUAUUGCUGACGCCAUUUUAAAUAACAAAAUACCGGAAGCACAAACUUUCUUCAGGAUUACUGGUCAUUCCGCUCAACGGCUGGAGGAGCUGGUCAGGAUAGGCCUCGAUUUGGUGUUUGGCAGGUUAAAAGAGAACAAUGUAGAGGAAGCCUCCAUGCUCUUGAGGAAUAUGGGCUUCAGUGUGGAAGAUGAGUUGCUCAAGAUAUGCUUUCAUACAACUGAUAAAAAUAUACGGGACUUUUUGGUUGAAAUUUUAAAAGGAAAGGAGUGCUUUUCUGAAAAAGAAAGAAGAACUGUAGACUUUGUUCAUCAAGUUGAAAAGUUUUAUUCGGGACAUUUCCAAGAAAAUGUACAAAUAGCGUCCUUCCCCAGUUAUUGGAUAAAGGAACAGGACUAUUUCAAGCACAAACCUGUCUUGGAUACAUUCCUCAAAUGUGAUCAAAAAGAUGAGUUUAAUGAACAGGACCAUAGAAUUGCACUGAAUUGGGCUCACUGGUGGGAUCAGCAAACACAAGAAUGCAUCCUUCUCCCCAGGAUAAGUCCAGAAGAAUACAAAGCAUGUUCCCCGGACGCCCUCUGGAAAUACCUCACAGUUCGCCAUGACUGGUCAAACCUUAGCUUGUGGAUUGAAGAAUUUCAGACCCAGGAAACUGUGCCACCUCAGCAGAACAAGUGGCCCCCUCUGAGUGCUGACAUCAUUGAUCAGAAUACUUGCUGCAACCGUUACAUGAGGAAUAAGAUUUUAGACAAGCUGGCCAGGAGUGGGAUUUUUCUUGCAUCUGAACUAGAAGAUUUUGAACUCUUCCUCCUGAGACUGAGCCGGAUUGGGGGCAUAAUGCGAGACAAUUUCCCCGUGCAAAGCUACAAAUCCUCGGGAGGGUGGGAUUUUCACUCCCAUUUCAUCCACUACUGUCUAGAGCACGGCCUACAACAUCUUCUCUACGUCUAUCUCGACUAUUACAAACUUAGUCCUGGAAAUUGUCCUUUUUUGGAAAAGAAGGAAGUACAUGAAGCCCACCCUUGGCUUGAAUUCUUGGUUCAAUGUCGGCAAGUUUCCAGUAACUUAACAGAUCCCAAAUUGAUCUUCCAGGCUAGCCUUGCAAAUGCUCAGAUUUUGAUUCCCACCAAUCAGGCCAGUGUGAGCAGUAUGCUGUUGGAAGGACACACCCUCCUGGCCCUCGCUACUACCAUGUAUGCUCCUGGGGGUGUCAGCCAGCUCUCGGGAGAGGCCAGCCUAAAGCUCCCUUCAGACUUGGGUUUGCUUUCAGCUUCAAGUUUGGAUAGUCAGUCAUCUAUGAUGCUGCCAUCUACGGAUGAAGUGGCAAGGACUCUCCGAGGCCUCACAAGCAAGUGCCUCCAUGGGAAGAGCUACUGCCGGCAGGUCCUCUGUCUCUAUGAACUUGCCAAGGAGUUGGGCUGCUCCUAUGCAGAUAUUGCUGCCAGGGACAGUGAAGCCAUGCUCCGGACAAUCUUGGCUUCUCAGCGGCCUGACCGAUGCAGACAAGCCCAGGUCUUCAUUAGCACCCAGGGCAUUAAGCCAGACACUGUGGCUGAACUAGUGGCUGAAGAGGUGACCCGAGAGCUGCUGACCUCAUCAGAGAGAACAGGAGAAAAGCAGCCUUUCAACCCAGCAGAGGAAAGCCAGACAUUUCUUCAGCUAACUGCUGUGUGUCAAGACCGCACACUGGUAGGCAUGAAGUUGCUGGACAAGAUUCCCUCUGUCCCCUACGGGGAGCUGUCCUGCACCACAGAGCUCCUGAUCCUGGCCCAUCACUGCUUCACCUUCACAUGCCACAUGGAGGGGAUCAUCAGAGUCCUACAGGCUGCCCGGAUGCUUACAGAUAACCACCUGGCUCCCAACGAGGAGUACGGGCUGGUGGUACGCCUCCUCACUGGCAUUGGAAGGUACAAUGAGAUGACAUACAUAUUUGACUUGCUGCAUCAGAAGCACUAUUUUGAAGUUCUGAUGAGGAAGAAGCUAGAUCCGAGUGGCACCCUGAAGACAGCCUUGCUAGACUACAUCAAACGCUGCCGCCCUGGAGACAGCGAAAAGCACAAUAUGAUUGCCCUGUGCUUCAGCAUGUGCCGAGAGAUAGGGGAGAAUCAUGAGGCAGCGGCCUGUAUCCAACUGAAGAUGAUUGAGUCUCAGCCCUGGGAGGAAAGCCUCAAGGAUGGAGCCCAACUAAAACAGCUCUUGCUUAAAGCCCUGACUCUGAUGUUGGAUGCAGCAGAGAGUUACGCCAAGGACUCGUGUGUGCGACAGGCCCUACACUGUAACCGGCUCACCAAGUUGAUCACGCUACAGAUCCACUUUCUCAACACUGGUCAGAACACAAUGCUCAUCAACUUGGGCCAUCAGAAACUAAUGGACUGCAUCAUGGCCCUACCUAGGUUCUACCAGGCUUCUAUUGUAGCUGAGGCCUAUGACUUUGUUCCUGAUUGGGCUGAAGUUCUCUACCAACAAGUGAUUCUUAAAGGAGACUUUAGUUACUUGGAAGAAUUUAAACAGCAAAAGUUACUAAGACCCAAUAUAUUUGAAGACAUUUCCAAAAAAUAUAAACAACACCAGCCUACCGACAGGGUCACAGAGAACCUGAAGAAGUUACUUUCAUAUUGUGAAGAUAUCUACCUGCAUUACAAGUUGGCAUAUGAACACAAAUUUUUUGAAAUUGUAAAUGUGCUUCUGAAGGACCCUCAAACAGGAUGCUGUCUUAAAGAUAUGCUCGCCGGUUAGAAGAUCUGAAAGAUACCUGAUUGCCUUUUGUACCUAUACGGCAAUAAAGUAUUGGGAGAUCUUUAUCCCCACUUGAGGUAAAAAGCCCAUAAAUACACAGUAUCACAUCAGUCAUUUGUGGCUGUAGGGAAUGAAGGAGAAAUUGGUAUUAAGAUCAAAAGCUUGUUAGAAUGUCUUCUACAUUAGGAGAAACAGUAGUGAUUAAAGAAUACCUGUGCCUGCAGGUUCCAGUUUCAAAGCAAUUUAAUCUUAUUUACACAGUUAAGGAACAGGUGAUACAUUUUCAUGAGUUAGAAACUGAUCUUUCUAUAAUAAAAUAGGUUUUAAUUCA